UAUAUUUCAAGUAUCUGUCGGCUGGGAGUUGUGGCGUGCUCCUGUAAUCCAGCUACUUGGAGGCCGAGAGAUGGAACGGUUUGAGAACGGGAGACCUACCUGCAGGGGUACCAUGUCGAUCGGAUGUCCGCACUAAGCCCGGCAUCAAUAUGGGUAUCUUUGGGGAACCAGAGAGGUCCAGGUUGUCUAACGCGAGACGAACCGGCCCAGGGUGGAAACACAGCAGGCAAAAGUCUCCGUGUCGUGCAGUAGUGGGAUCGCAUCUGUGAAUGGGCGUUUGUUGGUAGCCCGUCCGAUAGAACCGAACCAUCUUUUUUUCUCCCUCUUUUGCAGCUAAAACAAUAUAUUGACGACAUGUAAUUGGAUUUCUUCUUUUCAGUCUGCUAAAUUUCUGUUAAAGCUAGUCAGAAUUUGUCAAUGCGAUGCCUAAAAUGCCAUGGGUAAAUAUAUAUACCAUACUCAUGUUUUGGGAUAUUCUGAUCCAUAUGUUAGCAUAUUCAGGACAUACAAAUACAAAAUGUAAUUAAUUGUUUUAUGACUUUGCGGCCCAUUGGUCCACUGAGGGCGGAAAGGAAUAAGAAAAAGAUGUCCACAUUGAAGCUGUGAUCGGUAAGGCUCGGUUGGUUAGCUGGUUGAGUAGGAAUGACGUAUACGUGCAUGUGCUUCUCUGCAGGUGAUUUUGCGCUAUUUGGCGUAGAGGGAUGAGGAUGAUAAAUGGUAGAGGAAACCUCCACGACAACCAGCACUGAGAAAAGGUGUAACAAAGAGUCCCGAGACGAGAACUCUUGACUAUUUUACUGCAGUGGUUAUAAGCAUCGUCUCCACUGCCGUACGCUUCUUCGGCUGCCAGCUUUUGGUAUGCUCAUCGAGUCACGCGGUUUAAAAAAAGGAUCUGUAUUUAACUCUUGAGAACGUGUAUCAGAUGAGUCAAACGAGAACUAGGCAUCCCUAAAUUAUGAUACAUAUAAAUGUAUAGAAAAUGAUAAUAUGUAUAUUAUAUAAAUACAAUUUUAACGCGUUUAAUUAAAUACAACAAAACUCCAAACAGCUCUUUACUACUGAAAAAUCACAAACAGAUCAUGGCAACGCUAUAAACAAAUAUGGCGUUUCGAUACUGAAGGAUAUUGAAAACAACGAACGUUUUGGAUGAUUAAAAAGACAUUAUCAUUUUCUCGUUAUUUAAGUCGGUUUGAAGAUUUGUAGGAGAAAAUGUAUUUCAAUUAUCAGUGAUUUUAUUUUGUGACAAAGAAGGAGUUCAACUUAUAAAUAGCCUACUAAUUGUGCCUCAAUCAUAAUUUUUACAUCACGGGUACGUGUGACAAUCGAGAUGUCAAAAUCAAAAGGAAAAGGCAAGAAAGGAAACGACAAGGGGAAAGGAAAAAAGAAAGGCAAAGGAAAAGGUGAUGCAGAGGCAACUGCAGUUGUCAAAAAACUUUUGAAAACAUAUGAGAAAAAUUGCAGCCUCAGCUCAUCCCAGGUGUCUCCACAUGUUCGUAAAGCACUUAAAUCUGCCAUAACUGAUGAGAAAGUUGUAACGAAGUUUAUCUUUGAAUCCAUGAUGGUGGAAAAUGAAGGUGAUCUGCCAGUAUUAUUUGAGCCAUUGAUCAUGACAUUACGACAGGAGCGUUACACUUACAUUAGAGACUUGUAUGUCUGGGACUACCCUAUCAGCUAUGAAAAUAUAGCUAAUUUUAGUCUUUUUCUGGAAAGACCUUACUACAAACUACGGCUUCUUGAACUGAUGGACUGCUUGAUUGAGCCUCUUUCCAUUUCCCGUUUUUCCAGAGUCUUUUGCCUUCAAGACCAGUUGACCACUCUCAACUUGGACUACAAUGAAUUUGGCGACGAAGGAGCCAAGUACCUCAGUGAAGGACUGAAGGGUAACACAACAAUGCUGUCUCUAAGUCUCUGUUUUUGUGGGCUGGGUGUUACCAGUGGUACAUAUCUGGGUUAUGUCAUCUCCACAACUGCUGUUAGAGAGCUAUACCUAGAUGGCAACAACCUGCAGUGUGAGGGUGCCACGGAACUCAUAAAGCUCUGUGUGGACCAGGCAGAGGUGGAGGCCUCACAGCGAGAAGAGGAGGUUUUGAGGAAGGCAGAGGAAGAGGCAUUACGACUUCAGGAAGAGAAAGAGAACAGAUACCGCAGUGGUACAGAACUGAGUGAGGGAGAAAGUACAGAUGCUAAAAGUCCACCAGGAAGUGCCAAGAAGAAGAAAAAGAAAAAGAAAGGAAAGAAAAAGAAGAAAAAGGGGCCCCCUCCGCCCCCACCUGUUGGCCCAUGGGUAUAUAAGCUGCAUCUGGCAGACAAUGGAAUAGACAAUCUGGGUGAAGGAGGCAGCUUUGCACCGAUCAUUUGCAUGAGACUCUUCAAAAAGCUUUUGAUGAAUUCGAUGUGUCUAGAGGAAUUUGACUUAGAGGACAAUCUCAUUGGAGAUGUUGGAGGUCGUGAACUUGCUGAUGGGCUGACUUACAGGAAAGAGCAAAAAAUGCCCGGUGUUAAAGUAAGAGUAACACAUCGUAUGUGCACAGACACAUUCAAUAUGAUUGUAAAGCUGGGCUCAGGGCUGAAAAAGAAGAAAAAAGGCAGAAGAGGAAAGAAAAAGAAAAAGUAAAUCUUGACAGUCUCCAUCUCAGUUUGUAAGCAAACAAGGGAGAAAGAGUUCUGACAUGUGUAAGUGAAAAAAAGAUAAUUUAUUCUCUUCCUAAUUCAAGGCUGAUGGCUUUUCUGUGGAUGCAUUUCAUAUUUUGAGACUGUGAUAAUGUCAUAUUUUGAGGCUGUGGGAACAUUUCAUAUUUUGAGACAUGGUUUUUCUGUGCAAGCAUUUUCUACGCAAAUAUGUAUUGAGAAAUGAAGAAUGUUUAAUCAGGUAAAAGUGUACAGCUGAAAUUCGCGUACAAUGUUUCACACUUUUAAUUCACAUGAGCAGUUUGUAGCUUCCCCUGGACUUUAGGGGUUUUGUUGUUUGUAUGCACCUGUCAUUCUCAAUGUAGCAUCAUCUUGUGCAAAAUCAUCAAACAUUUCCAAUCAGACUUUGCAGGAUUGUUGUAGCUUGUUUUGCUAAACCAUUGGAUGUAACUCAGACAAUAGAAUUAUGUAUUUAUUUUUGUAUUGAAUACACAUUCUAGUGUUUUCUCAAUAUUUGUUAUUACCAAAAUAACUGUGAUAGCAUGAAAACUGCAGGAUUUAAAAAAAAAUGAAGAUGUCAUCUGAUGCAUGUAAUAAUGGAAGUAAUUAUCUUUAAAUUACUUAUACAAAUUUAGCUAUUUCUUUAUUUUUGUUAUCAGGUUAUUUUGUGAAAACCAUGUGUUUGCAUAUAUGCCUUUGCAUACAUGCAUGAUCUCUUAACAACAGUUACAAAUAAUAUAUUUAUAUUAAAUGCCUGACAAUAACUGCCAGGUAUUCACAGUACAGGCACCAAUGAACUCUCUGUUUUUACUAUAAACUUAGUGAGUCUUAGUUUUAUUGUGAGUCAUAGAAAUGAAUUUAAUAAUAAUAAUAAAGUUAGUUUAUAGAGCACUUAAUCCCAUCAUGAAAAGUAAGCUCACAGCACUUGAUGAAAAAAUAUAUAAACACACAGACAGAAAAAUAACUAUAACAUUUGUAUCAAGGCACAUAACAGAAUACAAAUUUGAUUCUGAACAUGAAGAAAACAGGUUAACUGAAACAGACAGUAGUUCUGAUGAAGAUUUGGAGAUGAAUAGUAACAUGAUUUAAAUAACAAAAUCCCACCAUCAAUGAUAAUUGAGGAAAUAAUUUACCAUCUAUCUGUGCACCUUCAAAACUGAAAUAGUUCCAACCACAAAACAUCUCCACACUGACAAAUGUGUUGUCUCUAUAUAGACAUGUUCAUUCCCGUCUAAAACUGCAAGACCCACUCCUAUGUGAUAACAGAUUCUUAUCUUGUUCACUUUACAUAUUUGUUAUUCUGUGAUCAUACAAACAGUAGCAGUCUUAAUUUUUGUGUUUCCAUUGUUAUACUGGUGAUAUUGCUUUGUUAUAUAUCAAUCUGUAUGACAGUGCCUCCUAAAUUUUGUUUGCAUACCUGCACUUACCUGCCAGUAAGAAACGUUGAAUUCCUUGUAAUGUUACGUAAAUCAUGAGAUGAAGGGAGAAGGUGUUUGAAACUGUUAAAAUAAAUUAAACCAAUUUUGGUUGCAAACUGUAUUUUGUUGCUUUGUUCUUUUCUCCCCUCUCUUACUUUUUUUCGUUGGGUUGCCCAAAAGGAAACUAACCACACCAGAGCCAACUAACAGUGGCGUAUAAGCCAUACAAGCCCUGCCCUCUUGCUUCCAGCCUCAGAUUUCAUUGCACAUUUACAGAUUACUUCCCAGAAGUGUAUGAUGAGUAAGCUGUCAUGGAAGUGCAGAGUAUGGUAAGAAAAUGGUGUAGUAGAAAGGACAUCGAAUACAUUAGGACGGUUAGAUGGACACGACUGUUAUUUUCCAGAUUCAGGGUGUAAGAAACGAAGUAUACAUAACAACUGGAAAAUAAAAUACUACUACUAUAUACAUUAUGAACACACAUGCAUGUCGCACUCAAAACUUGGGUGGAAUGCACACAUAGACCGUACAUGUCAGCACGGACUACAAACCGAAUAUUGAUAUCCCCGCUUAUGAGGAAUGAAAGAUAACAGAUGUAGAGAAAGAUAAAAAAGCACUUUUAAAAAAGUCUGAAAAUUCAGUUGUCUUUAUGUUGGCGCCAUUUGUGCUGUUCGUUCCUCUCUCCUUUAUAUAUUAUAUUUCUGUCUGUCUGUGGAGAAUUCAUUCAGUCCUAACCCUGACAGUAUGUUCAGAUAGAAGUCGUUUCACCUCAGCUCUCAGACCCUUCAGCAAGUCAGGUGAGAAAGACAUUUUAUUGCCAGGCUAGUCGGCAGUGCCUGUUCGUGAUCUGUACCCUAUCUAUUGUCCGGGUAGUAAUUGUAAACAGCUGGACACUAGUAGCUAGCACAAAGUGUACGCCCAACAUUCCCCGCACGGGCGAUGCCAUUCCAUUCCAUUGGAGAGAAGUUCUGCCUUUAAAUGAAUGGACGAAAGGGAUGUUCAAGUCCAUACCAGUGUCCCUGCUGUACGGGACAGAGGCAGAGCAUUCCAAAUAUUAGACCCUGAGAAAGAAAAUUUUCAUAUGAUAACUAGUAUGCGGGUAUAGUGUUGGAGGCACACUCUUGCUUCCCCGCAAGUCAAGCAGAGACGCAGGCGGACUGAUAUGCAUAGGGUAAAUCAGCGGAAUGGAACUGGUCGAGGAAUCAACGUCUUCGCACUGGGUUCUUGAGGAGGAAAGUUGUAACAGGUCAGUUCAAGGCUGUUCAGAUCCCCACUGUGAGUUUCUCUUGGAAUCGUGACUGCUCCAGCACAACUGACUCCAGAAAAGGGUAAGGACCCCCUUUACCACACAGUGCUCAACGCUUCAUCAGCACUUAUCUUGCUUCAUGAUUUCAGCCCCUGACAGGAAGAUGAUUUUCAUCAGAAACUUUAUUUUCAUUCUGAUAUAAGCUUUUUCAAACACAAAUGUCCUGGUUCAAAUUGCUGUCCUUCAACUACAACAUCAGUGGAUAUUACUCAUGGUGCAUAUUUUUGUUUACCACAAUGGUAAUGUUUUAGCAUGCUUAAAAAUUUAGUUGUGUACAUGUUUUAAUUCUUUACUUGCUAUAUUCUGAUUUCCUUACUAAAAUAAAUUUCAGUUUUGAUAUUAUAAUUCAAUUUUUUAAUGGUACACUGUCAAUAAAAAAAAUACACAUUUUAUUUUUAUUCUCUUGGUUAGUCAGUUUUGUACACCCAAACAGUCAGCCAAAGGUGUAGCAAACAUAAAUAUUCUUAUUGCAAUGGAAGUGACAUUUACCUAGUUCAGAGUAUUGGAUAAUAUCAAUGACCUCUACCAAAUGGUAGGCUAUGAGAUCUAUAAAACUAUAGUAAGAAAGAAAGAGCAAAAACUUUUAUAAAGUUUCUGCCAUUUGGCAAGCACAUUUCUAAAAUAUACAUAGUAUAUAUGCAGAUCUUUUUAAACUAUUUAUAGUUGGUAACCAACAUAUUAAAUUACUGCUUUCAAAUUUAUUAAUCAUACUCUUUUAUUAAUAAGUCAUGUCAUGAUAUGUGUGCAACCUGUGGUAACUAUGAAUGCAUGCAUGAUCUAUAAAUGUGCAUGUGCAUGCAGAAGAAAGAAAGCAUGUAAUGUUCUGGAAAAUUAUAGGAAUGUAAAAAGUAGUUGUGUUCUUUUGACUGGUGCUGGAGCUAUUAUUAUUAAAAGUGCUACACAUUUUGUUUUUCUACCACUGUAAAAUGUGAAAUAAACAACUGUCACUCUAAAAAAUUGAAAAUUAAAAAAAAUGAAACAUAAACAUAAAAAGAUAAUAAAAAAAAAAAGGAAGAUCUGUACAUAACUGUCCGAGAGGAACUUGGUUGAUGCAACACUAA